AUGUCUGAACAGAAAAAAAGAAAAGUAGAGACCAGUAAUGAUCCCAAUGUAUGGCUGAAGUGGUACCAUGAACUAAGUGAUGAAAGUGAUCUGAGUGAAAUCUCUAAGGAUGAAGAUGAAAGUGACAAAGAGGAAGAAAAUAUACUGACAGAGAGUGAGCAUAAUACAGAAUCGGAACAAGAGGUUGCGGAAAGUGAAGAAGUUGAAAGUGACGAAGACGUGCCUUUAGAUUCUUCUAGUUUCUACAUUGGGAAGGACAAAAUAACGAAAUGGAGAAAAGCGAAUCUUCCAAGAAAUGUGAAAACAAGGUCCCAUAACAUUAUUAUUUAUUUACCAGGACCCAAAGGUAAAGCACGAGAAGUGAAAACAGAAGUAGCAGAUUUAGAACUCUUUUUAGACGACAAUAUUCUCAAAACAAUUACAGCGUGCACUAAUAUUUAUAUAGAGAAAACACGUCAAGAAUUUACAAGGGACAGAGAUGCAAGGAGUACUGAUGAGAUAGAAAUAAGGGCAUUUAUUGGAUUGUUGUUCCUUAUAGGCACCAUGAGAUGUUCUCGUAAAAAUAUUCAUUUACUAUGGGAUAACUCCAAGGGAAAUGACAUUGAAUCAUGUUAUCUUACUAUGAGUGAACAAAGGUUCCGUUUCCUUUUGAGAUGUUUGAGAUUUGACAACAUCAAUGACCGUAACAUGCGUAAAGAACUUGAUAAAAUGGCAGCAAUUAGGGAAGUGUUUGAAAUAUUCACCAAUAAUUUUGAGAAAUAUUUCUCACCGAGUGAAUAUCUAACUAUAGACGAGCAAUUGCUUGCGUUUAGAGGUCGUGCAGGUUUCCGCCAGUACAUCCCCAAUAAGCCAAGUAAAUAUGGCAUUAAAACAUUUUUUUGGUUGAUGCUAAAACAGCUUAUACUAUGA